CGCCGGCCGCCGCCGCCGUGCUCGCGGCCGGAAUCGGGAAGCUCCUCCGUCACCCUCCCAAACCCCAGCUCAAGCGCUCCGCUCCGUCCCUCUUUGUCUCCCUCAGCAAAAAGACCGGAGGCGCUCGCUUCGUCGGCAGCCGAAGCCGAGGACCUGAGACGAGCGAGCAGCCACAGCUUUGAGCUCGCGCGGAGGCAAGGAAUGUCCGCCGGCCGUCGGCCGCCGCGGCCCGCAGGGACGACGGCGUCGAGCCCGAAAUGAAUUCGGCCGUGCUGAGCCACCUCGAGCCCGAAAGGACACGAGGCCGUGGCCGUGCCAGUACGAGCCGAGCGCGGUCGCCAGGCUCUCCACCUGGCAACUAGCCAGCCAACCAACCAGCAUCCCCACACCCCCACGGAGCAGCGAGGCAUGCUCCUGCUGCGGCGCCUGGCCGGGGCGGCCCGCCGGCGGGGACUCGCGGCGCGAGGCCUCGCGUCGGGGGCCCCGCGAGAGGCGGCGGACGCCGUGGUGGUGGGCGCGGGCGUCGUCGGCCUCGCGGUGGCGCGCGCGCUGGCGAUGGCCGGCCGCGAGGUGGUCGUGGUCGAGGCGGGCCCCAGCUUCGGCACCGGCACAAGCUCCCGCAACAGCGAGGUCAUCCACGCCGGCAUCUACUACCCGCCGCGCAGCCUCAAGGCUAGGCUUUGUGUAAGGGGAAAGGAAAUGCUCUACAAGUACUGUGCAGAACGAGGGGUUGCACACAAACAACUCGGUAAACUCAUUGUUGCAACUGGUGCUGCAGAGACCGGAAAGCUGGAUAUGCUCCUCAGGAAUGCUAAUGAAAAUGGGGUCAAUGAUCUCCAGUUGAUGGAGGGUUCUCAAGCUAUGGAGCUGGAACCUGAGCUUCGUUGUCUUAAAGCUUUACUGUCACCUAGUACUGGGAUAGUUGACUCUCAUUCAUUCAUGCUCUCCCUUUUGGCUGAUGCUGAAAACUUGGGAACAACCAUAUCCUAUAACACUGCAGUUAUCGGUGGGCAGGUUGGAUAUGAAGGCCUCGAACUCCAUAUUUGUGAAAGCAAAGAACUGCAGAACCAUCCUGUAGGGUCACAUGUGACCCCACAGCUUGUUUUGCUCCCAAAGCUUCUGAUAAACUCAGCAGGUUUGAGUGCAGUUCCACUUGCCAAACAAUUUCAUGGUCUUGACCAAGCAUUUGUGCCCAACCCUCAUUAUGCUCGUGGAUGUUACUUCACCCUCUCUCAAACGAAGAGUCCUUUCAGCCACUUGAUAUAUCCUCUACCAGAGGAUGGUGGUAUAGGGGUCCAUGUCACAAUUGACUUGAAUGGCCAAGUUAGAUUUGGCCCAGAUGUUGAAUGGCUAGAUGGUGGAGAGGAUCCUGUGUCAUGUUUUCUAAAUAGAUUUGAUUACUCAGUCAACCCCACCCGAUGUUCUGUAUUUUACCCUGUGGUAAGGAAGUAUUUCCCAAAUCUCAAGGACGGGUCAUUGGAACCUGGUUAUUCUGGGAUUAGACCAAAGCUUUCUGGUCCUGGACAGCCUCCUUCGGAUUUUGUCAUUCAGGGGCAGGAUAUCCAUGGUAUUACUGGGCUGGUUAACUUGUUCGGAAUAGAAUCCCCUGGUUUGACAUCAAGCUUGUCCAUUGCAGAACACAUUGUUUCGAGAUAUUUGUGAUGGGAGUCUCCUAAGUCCUAGAUAACACUUCAUUGUUGCAUUGAAGAAUGAUGAACCUGGCGUAUCAGGACUAGGGUUCACCUUAUAAAGUGAUCCAGUAAAGAGUAUUUUGAGCUGUUUUCUUUUGAUCUUUUGGAUUCUUGUUGCUGUGUACAUGUUGGAAUUUCAAAUUCGUUGGAAGUUUCAAAGAAAAAUCAACACGAUCAGGAUUGAAGUGGCACGGCACUUUUUGGGUAUGCAAACCUGACCGAUAUGUGGUGUUUGUUCGGCAAAAUGUAAUGUAAUCAAAUUACGGAUGGUAAUUAAUCAUGUUACAGCUGUUUGUUUUCA